UCUUGUGCGAUUGGAGUACAGGACCAUCGGUCAGCGCAGUUGCCUGGGAGGGGAGGGGGGCCCCCCAGGGGAAAUCCGAAGGCUGCCGGACCCAGACCGGAAGGCAUGUGAAAUGCCAACCAGCCAGCUGUGCCACCGCGGGCCUGGGAACUGUGAAGCCGAGUGACAGAAGCUAUGGACCUGAAAUGUCCAGUGUAGAGAAAGCCAGGGAUGGAAGAAACGUCCUCCCAAGACCAGGAAAGAUGGGGAACAGCAAAAGCCACUCGGGGAGGACUUGUUGCUCCCAGUUUCUUCCCGAGGAGCAGGCCGAGAUCGAUAGGUUGUUUGACGCCCUGUCGUCGCAGAAAGACGGUGCGGAGACCUCACCCAGGUCCUUCUCCCUGAAGGCUCUGCAGGCAAGAACGACACUGUUGCUCGGUGCCAGUGUGGAGCCAGGGAGCCACGUCGGGGAGGCGCUUCCCCCAGAGAUGCUCGCCAGGCUCUAUGACGGCAUGCGGCAGGUGUGCGGGACUGGCCCUGCGCAGGGAUCCUGCCAGAGCGUCUCCCGGGAGCAGUUCACGGUGUCGCUGUCACACCUGCUCAGGGGAAGCUCCGAGGAGAGGAGUGUCGUGAUCCUGAAGAUGAUUUCUGCCAGCGGAGGUCCCGUGAAGGCCAGAGAAGUGCGGAAGUUCACAGAGGACCUGGUGGGCUCUGUGGUGCACGUGCUGAGCCACAGGCAAGAGCUGCGAGGCUGGGCCGGGAAGGAGGCCCCGGGAGCCCCUGCCAGGACACAGGCGCUGGCUGCCCAGCUGCUGUCCGAGCUGAAGCUUCCAGGUGGCGAGAGGCUGCAGGGGCCUCAGUGGCUGGAGGGCAACUGUGACCGAGCUGCGAUCGAGGACUGGGUCUUCAGGGUCCCCCGUGUGGCCAUGUUCCUGAGCGUGGUGGUCCACAGGGGCCUUCUUGUCCUAGGCGUGCCCCCGGAUCUCGCCAUGCUGGUCCCCGAGCGCCAGGUGGAGCCGGGGCAGGAGCUGACGAGCCUGCUGGACGUGCUGGCCGUCAUCUUCCUCAGCUCCCACCUGGCCCCAAGGCAGCGGCACUGCUGGCGCCUGCUCUUUGCCUCCCACCUGCACGGGCAGAGCUUCUCGCAGCUGUGUGGCCGUGUCACCCACCGUGGGCCCUGCCUGGCCCUCCUGGAGGACCGCAGCGGCCACGUGUUCGGGGGCUUCGCCUCCUGCUCCUGGGAGGUCAAGCCGCAGUUCCAAGGGGACAACAAGUGCUUCCUGUUCUCCAUUGCCCCCAGCAUGGCCGUGUACACACCCACGGGCUACAACGACCACUACAUGUACCUGAACCACAGCCAGCAGACCAUCCCCAACGGGCUGGGCAUGGGAGGGCAGCACAGCUACUUCGGGCUGUGGGUGGACGCCGACUUCGGGAACGGGCACAGCAAGGCCAAGCCCACGUGUACCACGUACGACAGCCCGCAGCUGUCCGCCGAGGAGGACUUCCGGUUCGAGAAGAUGGAGGUGUGGGCCGUCGGAGAGCCCGUGGAGUCAGAGCUGGCCAAGGGUAAGAAAAGCGUCCUCGACGUGGACCCCGGGGCUCAGAUUUUGCUGGAGGCCACUGGGUGGACUCGGCAGAGCGCAGGGUUCCCGGAAAUCCCCGACAGCCACAGUGCCGACCAGUGAGCAGCUGGGACGCGGCCGGCGGAAGACAGAACGCACAGCCUGCUGGGUGGCGCUCGAGGUCCUGGAUCCCCUCCGCUCCCCUCCCCUCCCCUCUGCGCCCCUCCGCUCCCAUGUUGUCUAACUUGGACAUGUUGCCUGGGGGACCGUGUCCAGGUUGUCUGUGAUAUGCUGUAUCAGAACACAGCCUAUGCCAAGAAAAUCCCGCAUAUUGGUUGGGGGUUUAUCACCCAGAAACGCUGUGUGUCAAAUUAGCAGCUCAGCCUUAUACUUGUUCAUUUUGUACCAGUGGGACCCAACGACACUGAGAUGUUUGGAGCUCUGCUGGCAUGCUCGGUUGUUGGAGACAUGAGCUUCUGUCACAGGAGAGGAUGGGGUUGCUUAUUUUUCAAAAACAAACAUCCCACUCAUGGGGGAAAUAGCUGGAGAGGCUGGAGGCAGCGUGGCCCUGUGUGGCGUGGGUCUUCAGUAGGUGUCGAUCCUUAGGGCUCCGUUUCCGGCCUUCUCACCCGUGUUUAAAUGAGUCAGCCUGGCAGGAGGUGUGAGGUUCCAUCUGUGGAGAAGCAGAGUCGCACUUCUGUUGCUAACACAGGCAUUGGGGACGUUCAGGCUGGCCCGGAUUCUGGACUCUGGGUACCAGCUGCUGAAUCAUAGCCCACUCGUGCGUCACACCCGCUGCCUGUGGCGGCUUCUCAAGGGGAAGGCUGCUCAGUGGACACCAGGACCAAACAAACUCCUGGGUCCCGAAGUGCUGGAGAUUCAUCCUCAGUGGGCCAAGGCGCCAGGCCCGAAGAACGACUUAGGGGUGAGUCCUUGCCCUGGAGGGCCUCCCAAAAGGAUCUGUGAGUGCCUCUAGUUUGCCUUAAGAAAAGCCAUACUAAAUGGAGCCAGUUUGCUUUUGUUUUUGAGACAGAGUCUCGCUAUGUAGUUCAGCCUGGCCUUGAACUCACUGUGUAGCCCAGGCUGGCCUCAAACUCACAGCGAUCCUCCUGCCUCAGCCUCCUGAGCUCUGGGAUUAUGGGCAUGCACCAUUACACCUGGCCUCUGGUUUGCAUUUUGCAGAGGCUGAAUUUUCUACCAGGAUUCUGAUCAAAUCUGCCCCAUAGCCAUCCCUGACUAAGGCAGAAAGCCUUGUAAAUGGGCUUCAAAAGAAAAGUGCUGUCUUGGAUGGGAUGGGGGGAUUGCGCCUGACCCAGCCAAGGACUCAGCCCUGAUGGAGCUUGUGGAGAAGACGCUGGUUUGAAGUGUCUCGUAGGUGCAUCUGUGAGCCUCUGGUAGGACACUGUGUCCUCAGUCAUCACCACGGUCCAAAGAAUUGGGCUCCUGGUGAUCACUUUGUUUUGGAUUUUUAAAAUAAAAAUGCAGUUAAAUACCUCACUUGUUACAGGUCUACAUGGCCUGCAUUAGCUGCUGUGUUCGGGGCAGGGUAGGUUAUGGCACUGUGCACCUGGCCUAAGCCAGUGUGGCUCACCGACGAGGACCCCAGGGUGGGGGGCGUCCGCCAGGCACUCGGUCUCAGAGGGUGCUGCCUUCUUGCGACAGGCAAGGGGCAGCUGUGGGGCUUGGCCUGAGGGCGCCACUCUGUACGCCUCCCUGUCCUCACAAACUGCUCAGCGUACAAAGCUGCUUGUGCCAUCCACGGGGUCCCCAAACCCGAUGUCCCUUGUGUGGGUUUGAAAAACUCAUUUUAAUAAACGAGUUUGUCCUUUUGAGAAACUGAAAUGAGAA